AUGGCUCGACGUUCGCUAAUUUCACCAUUUUCACCACGUUUCAGUCGAUUUUUCGAUGAGUUCCGUGAUCUCGACAUUGAGCGACCAUUCUUUCAACGUCCUUAUUGGACAGAUUAUCAAUUCGAAGAUUCUCAUAAAUUAGGUUCCGGUAUUGGCGAGAUAACCGAUACUGAUGAGCAUUAUUCGGUGACUAUUGAUGUAUCACAAUUUGCGCCCGAUGAUUUGAAAGUAUCUGUAAGUGAUGGAAUUGUUACCAUUGAAGGUAAACAUCCAAUGAUCAAAGAUCAGUUUGGAGAAAUUGAGCGUCAAUUUACCCGUCGUCUAAUGCUACCAAAAGAUAUAAAACCUGAAUUGGUAACGAGCGAAUUAACGAAAGAUGGUAAAUUGACGAUACAAACACCAAAGAAAGAGAAAAACGAGGCGCAAACAAGGACAAUACCAAUUCUGCGAAAAGACUAA